GUGCACUCAACCUUAGCAGCAGUAAUAGUGAUGGCAUCUGGUGAGACGAACGAAAGAAAACGAUAAAGAAGAAGAUGAAGAAGUAUUAAGAAGUCACGAUCUCAUGAUUCGACGGUGUAUCGAAGGAAGUUUGAAGAGGACAAGUGAAGAAAAUCGGUGUUCUCGGGAAAUCUCAAAAGUAUUACUGAUAAAGUUGAAAGGCAAAGUGAACGAGUGGUGAAGAAGGUGCGCAAGAAGAGACGGGAGCUAUGCUAGACCUGCAGCGACACAUUGACUGUCCGCUGUGGGAAGUGCUUGGAAGUCCGCUGAUACCAUGGACCGGAAUGCGAUAUGCCUGCAUCAAGGUGCUACACGCGUACUGCAAGGUCUUUGACCAACAGGAACUGUACGAUCUGGUUGUAAGAAAAACCUGCCAAGAGUGUAAAUGUCCGCGGGAAACGCAUGCCGUCUACCAUGAACAGUUAACUUCGGUUCGCGAGCGGUUAGGUUUCAAACAUGACUCCAAUACCAGCCGGGUGGAUCCGAGGCAGAUGGGCUACACCUGGGUCCCACCGGGGAUACUGACGUCGGCGAAGAUCCAACGGUACUUCGACGUGAUCCCACCGGAGAAGGUCCCUAAGAUCGGCACCCAGGGCGAACGGUUCCGGGACAAACAGCUGGUCUACCAACUGCCAAAGCAAGACCUCGCCCAAGCUUACUGCAAGCACGUGGAGGAAUCGAAUCGAAGUUCCUACGAGGAUUUCGUGGCGGCUCGCAACGAAAUCGCAUUGGAUAUAGGCUACGUAAAAGACACCCCGGCCAAGACACAAUGCGCUGGCUGCGGCGACGCGCUGAAUCAGGGCGAGAUGGCAGUGACGGCACCCAAGUUCCGGGAUCAAAUCCUGUGGCAUCCUAGAUGCUUCAAGUGCACCACCUGUGAUGAGCUGCUAGUCGAUCUGACCUAUUGCGUCCACGACGAUCAAAUCUACUGCGAGCGACACUACGCCGAGCUGCUGAAGCCCCGGUGUAACUCAUGCGAUGAGCUAAUUUUCAGUGGCGAGUACACCAAGGCUAUGUCGAAGGAUUGGCAUUCGGGUCACUUCUGCUGUUGGCAGUGCGACGAAAGUCUCACUGGCCAGCGGUACGUGCUGCGCGACGAGCACCCGUACUGCAUCAAGUGCUACGAGAACGUGUUCGCCAACGUGUGCGAGGAGUGCAACAAGACGAUCGGCAUCGAUUCUAAGGACCUGUCCUACAAAGACAAGCACUGGCACGAGGCGUGCUUCCUGUGCAACAAGUGCCGCAUUUCGCUAGUCGACAAACAGUUCGGCUCCAAGGCCGACAAGAUCUACUGUGGAAACUGCUACGAUGCCCAGUUCGCUUCCAGAUGUGACGGUUGUGGGGAAAUCUUCCGCGCUGGAACCAAAAAAAUGGAAUACAAGACCAGACAGUGGCACGAGAAGUGCUUCUGCUGCUGCGUCUGCAAGACCGCCAUCGGUACCAAAUCGUUCAUCCCCCGUGAACAGGAAAUCUACUGUGCCGGUUGCUACGAGGAAAAGUACGCAACCCGUUGCAUCAAGUGCAAGAAGAUCAUCACCAGCGGUGGUGUGACCUACAAGAACGAACCGUGGCAUCGUGAGUGCUUCACCUGCACCCACUGUCAGGUGUCCCUGGCCGGGCAGCGCUUCACCAGCCGCGACGAGAAGCCGUACUGUGCCGAGUGCUUCGGGGAACUAUUCGCCAAGAGAUGCACCGCCUGUAUCAAGCCAAUCACUGGAAUCGGCGGUACCCGUUUCAUCUCGUUCGAGGACCGUCACUGGCACAACGAUUGCUUCAUCUGCGCCAUCUGCAAAACGUCACUGGUCGGCCGCGGUUUCAUUACCGACGAACAGGAUGUCAUCUGUCCGGAAUGCGCCAAGCAAAAACUGAUGUAAGAAAUUACAACACCAACAACUACAACACCGGUCAGUGGCACUUCGUAAGCAUAUGUACACAAAUUUAAAAAAAACACACACACACACACACACAUGUAGAAAACAACACGAAAACAAAUUAAACAACCAACCUAUAGUAAAACCGCAGACAAAUAGGUCUAACCCAUCUUCAAUGUUUUCAAUCGUACUGCCAACUUAUGAACAUUUAAAACCAGAAUGAAUGGCGAACGUACCUAGUUAUGUAUGUGUUUGUCUGCGGUAAACUCCCUCUCUAAAUUGUAAACGGAAUCAACUAAAGUAACAAACAACGAAACACAACACAAUGAUAUUCUAAAAAACAACAAUGUGUUAAGGAAUUGAAAAUGAAUGAAAAAAUAUUCAUUGUAGAGAAGAAAUACAAAAUAUGUCAAAAAGUGUAGCAAAGUCUUUCACAGUGUACAAGUUGUCAAAGUGACGGACAGAUGGCCAUUUUGCGGUGGGAUAAGUUUUCACUAUGCGGCGUCAUUGUUUUCAGCUUUUGCUUAAAACCCGAAAGAUUAUUUAUUCUCCACAUUUAGCUAUUUUUAACACUGAUUAAACAGUUUGAUUUUCGGCUUCAAAGUUUAUUUCCUUAUACACACGGUAAUGUCCUAGAGUGUUUGUCAUAGUGAAUGUUUUUAAAACAACAGGGAUGAAGUAUUUUUCCUAGAGAAUCAGAAAUAUAUUUUAAUGAAACAAAAUACGCAGUGAAAUUGAGUUUACAAUGGUUACGCUAUGGGCUUUAUUAACUGUAUCCUUAUUGUGACACUUUCAAAGCAACACACACACACACACGAGAUUAGCGGGAACGGCCUAUAUUCACAAAAGUUGCCUUUUACUAAAGAACAAACUAAGAAACAAACAUCAAACCUACACCUUAAAAUGAGAAUGUGACAAAUUUUAAAAUAAUUGUCGUUCUAGUUUUUAGCGGCUUUUACAGAAUCAACAAAAAAAAAAUAGAAACACAAAAUAAAGUAUUUAAAACGUAGAAUGAAGAAAAAUGCUUUCUUAAAGAAAAUUUAUCCUUAACAUUGAUCGCUUAUCUCCUUCCUCUUUAUGUUAUAUGUUGAUAAUCGUAAAAUUAAGCAGAAACCAGGAGAAAGAAGGAAUCAAUUAUUACUACUACUACUAUAACUAGGCGGUCAACGAAAUGAAGAAAACUGUAUUUAAACGAAUAAAAAAAAUGAAAAUAUAUGAUUAGAUAACUCUAUCAGAGCAGAUUGAUUUAACAUUUACUAAAGAUAAUCCUAAUGCUAGAGAGAAGAAAAGAAGCAAGCAGAAAAGUACCCUUGAAUGUAGAAUUGUUAAUAUCAGAACCAUAUGUUUUUUUUUUGUAUUUUAUUUCCGAAGCAGUAUCGUAUAACGAAUAUUUUUACCGUUAAAUUUAUUAUUUAUUCACAUUAACACCUCGAUUACCAUAUUGUUGAUAAAGGAAAAUAGGAAAGGCGAUGAUGUUUUGACAAACAUGAUCAUUAUACUUUAUUGUGUGGAAGAAUGCAGGCGAUAGUGAGGACAUUUACAACUAUAUCAAAUCAAAAAAGCUAAUCAUUUCACCUCUUCUUUGUUAUACUUAAUAAUAUUUUAGUGAUAGUUGGAUUUUUCAAUAAAUAAAUUAUCUCUUCGAAACAGA